AAGAGAGUGGAAUAUUCUGGAACAGAGAAACCCUCCUCCAUCUCCAUCUCCAUGGCCUGCCGCCGCCCCACCCCGCCGUCGCCGUCGCCGGCGCCGCCGCCGGUGCCUCCGCUCGAGGACGACGACCUCCUCGAGGAGAUCCUCCUCCGCCUCCCCCCGCAGCCGUCCUCCCUCCUCCGAGCCUCCCUCGUCAGCAAGCGCUGGCGCGGCCUCGUCAAGCGCCGCCGCUUCCUCCGCCUCUUCCGCGCCCGCCACGGGAGCCCCCCCCUCCUCGGUGUCUUCCCCGGCGAGGUCGACAUGAGCCACCCCUUCUUCACGCCCUCCCUCGACCCGCCCGACAGGGUGCCCGCCGCGCGCUUCCCCAUGCCGCUCGCCCCCCUCGCCUUCCCCCUCGUCCUCGACUGCCGCCACGGCCUCGCCCUCCUCCUCAACCGGCGGGUCAGCCAGCUCCUGGUGUGGGAUCCGGUGACCGGAGACAAGCGCCCUGUGGACCUCCCCUGGCCUUCAAGGGGCGGCAGGUGAUGCUCCACAACGGGUCAGUGCUCUGCGCCGGCGCCGCCGCCGUGGAAGGCCGCCUGCACGGCAGCUGCAAUUCCAGCCCAUUCAAGGUGGUGCUGCUGGCCUCUGGCAGAACACAUGAGCGAUCCUUCUCGGUCUGCGUCUACGCAUCGCAGACAGGCGCAUGGGGCGAUGUGAUUUCAGCAGAGUUUCAACCUGCCGCAAUGGAGCCUCUGUAUACUGCAUCCGAGCUGUACAUGUACGUCCCCAGUACCUUGGUUGGGAGCUCCCUCUACUGGCUGCUUCGUGGCAAUGGUGACACCAUUGUCGAGUUCGAUAUGGGUAGCCGGAGCCUGGCUGUGAUAGAGAUGCCACUAGAUCUGUAUGACCAUGGCAAAUCCAGCUCCUUCAUGACUAUGUCAGCGCAGGAUGGUGGGCUUGGCUUGAUCCUUGUGAAUGACUUCUAUUGCCAGGAAUAACUAUUCAACUGGGCAAGCUUCUUUCACUGAAUGCUGAGCACAACAGAGGUCCACUAUCUUUGCUGGGAUUCGCUGAGGACAGCAAUGCAUUCGUGGUUGGGGCAUCUAGGAUCGGUAUCUUCGUGGUCUAUCUCAACCCUUUGAGGUUUAAGAAGAUUUAUGAAAGGAGGGAUCUCUGUAUCUUUCAUCCAUUUGAGAGUUUCUGUGUUGCAGGUAUCUAGAGUUAUGUUCCGGUAGCUGAGCUGUGGCGAUGUCGCCUUACUAUUGCAGGUUCUUCCAUCUUCCAUGCUGUGGGCUUUGGUCCGUGUAGAAACUGGCCCUCCAUGUAGUCAGAAUGAAUUUGUAUCCGCUUCUGAUAACUGCUGCUGCCGUUAUUUCAGUAAUCUCUGCGGAACUAGUCAAAUCGACAUUGCUUGCAUUUGUGAUGUGUAGUAUC